AUAGAGAUGACAGCAUUCAGCUCAGGAGAAAGAUGGAAAGAAUUUUUUUCCAAGUCUGCAGUGCUUCCCCCAGCAUUUGAAAGAGAGCAUGCAGCACCAGAUGUAUCCACGCCACUACGAAUUACUCUGAAUACCAUAGAAGGACUGAUAGGAAAAGGGGAUUCUGAAAAACAGCCAGAUUACCAAGUUUAUGUCAGCCUGUAUGAUGCAGCCUACAGACAGUUUUAUGGCAGACAGUGGGUUGGACCCAUUGUACCACCACAGGGAGGGGGAGUCAAAAGACCAAAGCUGAAAUACAAUGAAAGUUUGUAUUUUCACACAUCUAUCCACAGUGCUAAUAUAGUAGCUGUUGUAGAGGUUGUUGCCGUAACACAGAGAGAUAGCAUCAAGCCCAAACGAGUGUCAUGUGGGUGGAGUGUUUUGAGGGUAUUUAAUGAAGAAGAGAACAGUGAAGAAGCAUCUUCUCAAGGGAAAAAUGUGCCAGCAAAAAAGGUACAGCUAAAUUAUGGAACACCGAGGGCUUUAUUCUUCAUGGAUGAACCAGUAGAAGAAAAUGAAAACCUGAAGCCAAUCCCAGACUGUUUAAUAUCAUUCACAGUUAUGAAACACAGACCAAUGUAUGGAGUUCUGUCCCUUUUACCAGAAAAUACACUUGUGGGGGGUAAUGAAGUCAUACCAGGGCUUUUAGAUGGAAAUAAUACAAGUGUUGAUUCCCUGAAGAGGCCCAAAUUACUGAAUCAAGUACCCAUUCAAAUAAAUAAUCUGCGCAUUCAGCUGCACCCAAAUGUCGAAAAGUUUGAUGAAGAGCUCUGCGAGGCUGUACACAAAGAUAGAGAGGGUAUAGAAAACAAAAAGUUACCUGGAACGUCCAUAUCAGUUCUUGAACGCAGACUCAUAGUUGGAGUUCAUAAUGGUUUGAAUUUUCUAGAGAAACCAGAGACAAUGUAUCUAGAUGUGUAUGAUGAAAAGACCAAAGCCCUAAAGCCACAAAAUAGUCCAAAUCUUCGCAGAAGCAAAAGAUUCCAUACUUCACAGAAAUCUUUAAACAGCAGUGAUGGUACAUCUACAUGUCUUGUUAUGAAAAACAAAGUUGAACUAAAUGAAGUGUUAGAUGACCCAAUGUGUGCUGUUGUUUUCACUUUAGAAUAUGUAUUAACACAUAAAAUAUCUGAGGAAGAGAAAAAAUUGUCCCAAAGUAUUACUAAAGGACAUACUGAAACUGUCUCAGUUAGAUGGGGAGUUUGGAAUCCAGUUUUGCACACAAAUAAUCAAGCUGUCCAAGUGUCCUUGCAUGGAGGCCCAACAAAAUUCCCAGAUUAUGAUUUCCUCUUCAAGAUGCCCGAUACAAAAAUGCAAAACUUGGAAGCAAAUAAAACAGCAGGUGGCUUGAUUAUGCUACAGUGGGGAAGAGGAGAUGGAGUAAGUGAACCAUUGCCCAUUUCCCAAAUAAUUCAUCCAGGUUCUAUGUCUUCGAUGCGCAGUGAAGCAGAUGAAACUAUGCUAAUAGAUAGUCCAACUGGUAGAAAACCCCCUUCAGGAAAACGAGGUGUCCCUGGUCAUCAAGUACCCCAGCAGUCAAUGAUGCAACCUGAGAUGGUAGCUGCUAUGUAUUCAAGUGUACUCCAACAACAGAUGCAGCCACCAAACUUACAGCCUGGUUACCCAUAUAUGCCAAUGCAGCAACCAAUGUAUGGAUAUGGUCCAGCUUAUCAACAAACUCCAAGAAGUACAAUAACUGCUGCCACAGAGAUGCAGGAACUACCCUGCCAACCAUUACAUGCACCUAUCAUGGCACUUCCACCUCAACCUAAUAGAAAUAGAGGAUUGUCAAGAGCAGCAUAUGCUAAGCUUUACUCAACUGAUUUUCCAGCCAUUCUUGAUGCUAAUGGGGAACCUCCAGAAGUUAUUGAUGUGCAGAAACCAUGGGAUGUUAAUUUGAAUAGAGAAAUUCAGGAUCCUUUCCAGUGUAAUGAAAUUGUACUCCAGUUUCUUGCCUUUGAUAGGCCAUCUGCUGGAGAGAAUUCAGUUACUGACCAUGGCAACACAAUUUUCUUUACUUUCCAAUUCUACAGGUUACCUCAAGUAACAACGGAGAGGGUAGUGCUGUGUAAACCCCAAAACGAGUUAGUGUCAGAUAGCACUUCCAUGCCAUACAUCAUUCAUCAAUUGGAAAAGGAUCACCCUGGUCCUGCUGGACUACAGAUUAAGUACAUGAUGGAUCCAAUGUUUAUGAAACCAGGAGAAAUGCAGAUGUUCCUUCAACACCUCUCUCAGCAGAUUUUAUACAUUGAUGUCUGGGAUGGGGAAUCAUUAUUCCUGGUUGGACAAUGUGCAGUUGAUCUCAAAUAUUUAUGCAGGAAUGGACAUGAAGCUGUGCAGUCAACAUUUGAACUAGAUGUAAUUAAAACAGAAUAUGAGGAAAUUUCUAAUAUGAGUGGUGCCAACUCUGCACAACAUCCUGGCAACAAAACCUGGCUAAAUGGAAAGCUCCAUUUCAGAAUGGCUAAUAUUGGCCACUUGGUAGAUCACAAGGCUCAGAUUGAAGCUCCACUGACCAUUAAAAAGAAAAGCCAUGUGGUUGUUUCUCAGACAGCUGGAAACAUUUCUUAUCCAGGUGGAAGUUUAGAAGGAGGGUCUGUAGUGUCAAAGCCAGUUGUAUCAUCGAAAAAGAAAGUAGUACGUGCUCACCACAUUGCAGAGAAAAACAGGGAAGUAGCUCAGCUGCUGUCUACCCACAAUGAUCAAAUGAUACCAGAAAAAGAUGAUGGUCCACAGGAGCUGGAUGCAGAGACAAAGAGAAAAUUGGCUCGCAUGGAAGCUGUGAGACAGAAGAAAGGCAUAGACAACAAGUUCAAUACAGUUUUGGCUUUUAAAACAGAAAAACAAGAAAGAAUGAAGGACUACAAAACUCUGGAAAUUUACCGACUACAGACAAAAAAAGAUGGUAUCAUGAACAUGUUGAGCCAGUCCAUCUCCACUGAGCAUAUCAUUCAUCCCUCCUUUGGCUCACCAGAAUUCUUUGAAUUUGUUCUUAAAAAUCCAUUGAACGUACAACAGACGAUCACAAUAGAGUUUGAAGACACUGAUUUAAGGGUGAUUACAGACGCAAGGGAGUGGCGCUAUUUUAAGCAGCUAAAUGGUGUACAGACCCAGGUGGAAGAAGAUAUGUUCAUCAAAGAAAGCUCUUCACAACAUCCUCAGAUCUUUCUUCGUCCAAAAGAAACUGUUCAGAUUCCUUUCAAAUACCUCACCUUUACCACAGAUCAGUCCGUCCAACUGCAGGGUCCAUCUGAUCCUUUCAAAUCUCGAAAAGAUGAUAUGAGUAAGAAAACAUCCCAUUUAAUGCAAACAAAAUACGUCAGAGCACUCUUCAAAGGAGAGAAUGGCAAAGCUGUAUCAAUUUUACAACUAAAAAUUGAACCCCAGCCUCAUGUAGUGAAUCAGACAUUCCGAUUUUACCACCCAGAGCAGACAUUCUUUAAAAAAUCAAUUCGUCUUCCUGGCUCUCCAAAUCUUUCAGCUACAGCAGGUGGAACUGGUUCUACUCAGUUCUUUGUUCGCUGCAGUGACAGUAAUGUAAUCACAGAAUGCAAACCUACACAGAGUGGAGAACCAGUGGAUGUCUUCAUUAAAGCAGCUCUAGCAGCCUCACCCCAAAUUAAGCAUUUUUAUGUGUGUGUAUACUCAGAUCCCUUCCUUAGCCACCCUGUACAAAUUUGGCAGCUCUAUCUACAUGCCUUACAGAAAGUGGAUGUGACUUGUGUUGAAGGUCAAACUAGCAGAUUUAAUUUGCUCCUAAGAGGUACUCAAGCAUCACGCCUUGUUCGCAGUUUCUCAUCCAAUCCUAGGGAAAUGCAGCUGUACCCAUCCGAACAAUUUUUGUUAGCAGCUGGAGCUGUUCAUGAAUUGAGUGUGGCAGUCCGUCCAAUGAAAGAAGGCAAUAAACAGUUUCAUUUGAAUGUUGUAGAUGUUGAGUGUCAUCAGUUGGUUCGCACUUGGCUCAUCUCUGUCAUAUGCCAGCCACCAAGCAUUUCUAGAGCCUUUGAACUACAGCUUCCAGUUGGAGGUGGUAAAGGCAGCAACAAGAAGAUUACCUACACAAAUCCCUAUCCACACAAGAGGGAGUAUCACACUUUGUCCAGCAGAGAAGAUUUACUCCAGUUCAGAGAAGAUCAUUUCAGCAUAGAGGGGGGAGAAACUUACACCAUUGGGUUGAAAUUCAUUCCUGUAAUGAAGCCAGGAGUUGCUGAAAUUCUGGUAUUCAUUAAUGAUGAGGAUGAUAAAAAUGAAGAAACCUUUAAAAUCACAGCAACAUAUAAGUAAUAAUUUCAUGUUAUAAAUCUACCAGUAGAUAUUACUUUCCCUUUAAAAUGACUAUGAAAUGUAUUACUAAAUGCUCAAGAUCUGUACCUUGAAAAAUAUUUAUGUUAAUUAUAGAAGAUAAGCAGACAUUUGUUUUUUAAGACA